GGUGCCCGCACCCCCGGCUCCGCCACUCGAGCUCCCCCGUGCGCUCUGCCCCGGGAGGCGGCGGUGACGGCGGCUCCGGGCUCCGUCCCUUUGCCCGCCGCUUCCCCGGUGCUUCCUCUGCCCCUCCGGGUUCCCCGGUUCCCUUUUUGCCGGCCAUGCCGGGGCCCCGCCGGGAUCGCCCGGUGGUUCUGCUGCUUCUCGGGGCUCUGCUGAUCGCCGACCUCUACUUCCACCUCUGGCCGCGGGUGCGGAGGGAGCUGGCGAUGGGAGCCCCGGGUUGUCCCUGCCGCCGCCUCCCCCUUUCCCCGCCGCCUCCUCGCUCCCGGGUCGCCUCCGCGCUCCGCCGGCUCUUCGCCCACCCGCUCUACCGAACCUCAGCCCCGCCGGGCCCCGCCGAGCCGCUGCUGGGCGCCCGCGAAGCCCUGCGUUACUACCGGCGGAAGGCGGCCCGCUGGAACAGGAGACACAAGCUUUACAGGGAGGAGCUCAACCUCACCUCCCCAGUGGGGCCAGUACCGCUCCGGCCAGAAGCCAACUGGUUCCAGUUCCACCUGGGCAUCAGCCGGGAGGGGCUUUACCCACGAUCCAGCCCCACCAUCAACAGGCUGCUCCAGGACAUGCAGGAAUUCACCACCAUCAGUGCUGACUACAGCCAGGAUGAGAAAGCACUGCUGGGGGCCUGUGACUGCAGCCAGAUCGUGAAGCCCAGUGGUGUGCACCUGAAGCUGGUCCUCAGGUUCCAGGAUUUUGGGAAAGCCAUGUUCAAGCCCAUGAGGCAGAAACGGGAGGAAGAGACCCCUGAGGACUUCUUCUACUUCGUUGACUUCCAGCGGCACAACGCAGAGAUCGCCGCCUUCCACCUGGACAGGAUCCUGGAUUUCCGGAGGGUGCCUCCCACCGUGGGGAGAUUGAUCAAUGUCACCAAGGAGAUCCUGGAGGUCACCAAGAACGAGAUCCUGCAGAGUGUUUUUUUUGUCUCCCCAGCCAGCAACGUUUGCUUCUUUGCCAAGUGUCCCUACAUGUGCAAGACAGAGUAUGCAGUGUGUGGGAACCCUCACCUCCUGGAGGGAUCCCUCUCUGCCUUCCUGCCCUCCCUCAACCUGGCACCACGACUCUCCAUCCCCAACCCCUGGAUCCGCUCCUACUCCUUUGAUGGAAAAGAGGAGUGGGAAGUGAAUCCUCUCUACUGCAACACAGUGAGGGAGAUCUACCCCUACAGCACUGGCAACCGCCUGCUGAACAUCAUUGACAUGGCCAUAUUUGACUUCCUCAUAGGGAACAUGGAUCGUCACCACUAUGAAAUGUUCACCAAGUUUGGGGACAGUGGCUUCCUCUUACACCUGGACAAUGCCAGAGGGUUUGGGAGACAUUCCCAUGAUGAAACUUCCAUCCUGGCUCCACUUUCCCAGUGCUGCAUAAUAAAGAAGACAACUUUAUUACGACUCCAGCUCUUGGCUGAGCCCGAAUAUCAGCUCAGUGAUGUGAUGAGGGAAUCCCUCCUGCAGGACCCCCUGGCCCCUGUCCUUACUGAACCCCAUCUCUUGGCUUUGGACAGAAGGUUACAGCUGAUCCUGAAAGCUGUGAGGAAAUGCAUAGACACCUAUGGAGAAGCCAAGGUGGUGGCCAAUGACACCAUGGAGCCUCCUGCAUCUGACAGAGUGAAGCUGAGCACCUAAAGAGCCUUUAACUCAUGCUCAGAGGUGAAAAAGAGGGAAAAAAAAAGUCUUUAACUCAUGCUCAGAGGGGAAAUAACCCUGCAAGGGAAGUGUUUUAACAGCUGGGCAUCCCCAUCUAC